CUCUUUAUUUGCUUCCUCUGUCUUUCUGCCCUUCCUCUAUCCGGUUAUGGAGGUCUGCUAGAAAUACAUUUAAACGCAGCUGAGCUCAUAAAAUACGACAAAGCUCCAGUUAGGACCCAGAAAACCACCUCUCUUUUAAACUCAUAAUUCAAGAUGCCAGUGGCUGUAGGUCCGUAUGGCCAGACCCAGCCCAGCUGUUUUGACCGGGUCAAGAUGGGCUUCAUGAUGGGGUUUGCAGUAGGAAUGGCUGCUGGUGCCAUGUUUGGCACUUUCUCCUGUCUCAGGAUCGGCACGGGCAGGGAGCUGAUGGGAGGAGUAGAGACCAUGAUGCAGAGCGGGGGAACGUUUGGCACGUUUAUGGCCAUCGGUAUGGGCAUCCGCUGCUGAGAGGACAAGGAACGACCUCCUCCACCUCCACACAGUUUAUACAGCUAUGGGACUUUUCAAUAAACCACCUCCACCGCUCUCUGUCCGCUCGAUGCUGUCACACUCUCAACCUUCAGUCUAGUUUUGUCAAUAAAAGUUCAUAUUUGUCAAACGUG